GUCAGAUGUCCAGUGAGGGUCCAAUAACCUGUGGUCAGUGGGCUGCCUCUGCCCAUACCUUCAGCAGAGGCUGGGAGUAUAGCCAGGGCAGAUACUUUAGAAACUUCCACCUGCAUCCUUCCUGCCCCAGCCAAUCUAGGCCUUUGUCCUCCAGCAAACUCCUCCUGGUGUCCCACCCUACGCCUCCUGAGUCUCUCUCAGACCACUUGAGGACCCAACUCAGGAGGAACCUGAGAAACAGGAGCUUCUUUCCACAGCUACAUCAAGAGCUGGAGCUUCAGGCCUCGAGCCCCAAGGACCCCUCUCCUCAGCCUCAGGGCCCUUCUCUGCUCAUGCUGUGGGCCUUGCAGGAGUUGGACCUCACAGCCUGCAGCAAGCUAACUGAUGCUAGUUUGGUCAAGGUGCUCCAGUUCCCCCAGCUGAGGCAACUGUCACUGAGCCUGUUGCCAGCACUCACAGACAAGGGCUUGGUGGCUGUGGCCAAGGGCUGCCCCAGCCUGGAGCGCUUGUUGCUGAGUCACUGUAGCCUCCUCAGCGAUGAGGGCUGGGCCCAGGCAGCUAGCUUUUGGCCGAGGCUGCAGUACCUCAGCCUAUACAGCUGCAGUCAACUCACAGAGCAGACUCUGGAUAUGAUUGGGCAGGCGUGAAAGCAGCUCCAGAUAUUAAAGCUAUAGGUUGCUGCCACAGGCCCAUAGACAUGCCAACUCCUACUCUACUGGCCAGGCCUGGGUUUGGAGGCCAGGCCCACAGAUGGGAUGCAUCUGGUGCUGGGGAGGAGCUGACCUUGUGCUUCUUUCCUGCCCACUUCUCACACCUAAGGCCUGUGCCUCACUUUGUUCCCUAUAAGGAGCUUUCCUAGCCAUUAUCAGCACUGAAUUUCAGCAGCCAAGCCCAGACUUUGUUGUAAACCCAAACAAGAUUAAAAAUUCCAGAUCUUA